AUGGAUCCAGCACAGCUCGCAAAUGCCGUCACGGAGCGGGUAACCAUUCCCGUCAGAGGCGGCGUUGAAAAUUGGAAGGAGCAGCUUAAGUUUAUGCUCCAAGCUCUCAGCAAGCAGCCGGGAUACCUCCGUACGCGUUGGGGUCCAUGGAGCGAAGACCAGCAGAAGAUUGAGCUCAUCACCGGCUGGGUCAGUCCAGAUGCGUGCGAAAAGUGGCGGAAAUCAGAAGACUUCACCGAAGCCAUGGCCCGGUGCGCACCGGUGGUAAAUGGUGAACCCUCGGCAUACCUACUCCAAUUCAAGCCCCUCGCGCCCCACGCCGUCAUCAACUCCCCCAUCGUCGAGACUGUGAGCUUUGAAAACUGCCGGGAACCCGAGAACAAAAUGCGCGAGAUGGUCGAGAGGGCAUCCGGGAUGCCGGGCUGUAACGGCGUGGCGAGCGGGUAUUCGCUGUGUCCGCCAAGCUCCUCCCCCUCCUCCUCUGGCGACGACGACGGCAUCGGCAGGAUGUUUGUCGCGGCGAUCGGGUGGACGGGGCUCGAGGCCAGUCGCGCGGCGGAUAAGUCUGCGUAUACGGGCGGUAUGAAAACCGAGAUUCACCACGUCAACUUCAAUUUUCCUGUCAAAGGCUUUGGAGGACUGUAG